AUGCAACUUGCCUCAAUAAUUGCAGUGGUUGUUGUGGCCUUUACGGCAGUGAUGAUGAUGGCAACGGCUGUUCAUGGUCAAGAUUUUUCUCUUCUCGUUAGACAAAAGAAUCAAAGAACUGAUUUUCGUGUGGAUGGAACCAUCGAAAAGGUAGAAUCAGACUCCACCUCAACCAUCAAGGAAAUGAUGAGAGGAAAUAGCUUCCCUUCCUUAAUGAGAGUGCGUGGUUCGGGUGCCUCUUGCACUUAUGAUAAUUCCAAUGAAAAUGAUAAAAGAUUUGUCUGUAAUGUAACCUUUGAGAAGAAGAUCUUCACCAAGAAGGUCCAUGUUUCAGCCACUGUAAUUUUAACUGCUCAUAUCAAGACUCAAACCAUUGAUGUUGAAGUUCAAGUGGCAGGAAAGACCUUGUACAAGAAAACCUAUGCCAUGAACGCCGUAAAUAUUCCUCCAUUCUGUGUUUCAUUGAUUAUGGACGUCAGCUUGUGUUUGGCUUUGAAGGAUAUCAAGUUCAAUACCAAUGCUCCCGGAUGUGUGGUGUUUGAUUUGAGUGCCUACUUGGAUGCAUUCGGAGCCAAACAAAAUUUGGUGACUCAGCAAGUCGGAUGGAAUGUCAAUGCUUGCAAGAAUACAAGAAGCGUUGAAAAUUUAUUCUUGCUGCAGCCUCAGUAA